AUGCUAAGUUUCUUCCGUCGGACACUUGGGCGCCGGUCAAUGCGAAAGCAUGCUGAGAAGGAGCGCCUAAGAGAAGCUCAGCGAGCUGCGACACACAUUCCUGCAGCUGGAGAUGCCAAAUCCAUUAUUACGUGUAGGGUGUCACUGCUAGAUGGAACUGAUGUUAGUGUGGAUCUGCCGAAAAAAGCCAAAGGACAGGCUCUCUUUGACCAAAUCAUGUACCAUCUGGACUUGAUUGAAAGUGACUAUUUUGGACUGAGAUUCAUGGAUUCAGCACAAGUGGCACAUUGGUUGGACAGUACAAAAAGCAUCAAAAAACAAGUUAAAAUUGGUUCACCAUACUGUCUGCACCUCCGUGUUAAGUUUUACUCCUCAGAACCAAACAAUCUUCGUGAAGAGCUGACAAGGUAUUUAUUUGUUCUUCAGUUAAAACAAGAUAUUCUCAGUGGAAAGUUGGAAUGUCCUUUUGACACAGCAGUCCAGUUGGCAGCUUAUACAUUGCAAGCUGAACUUGGUGACUAUGAUCUUGCUGAGCAUGGCCCUGACCUUGUCUCUGAAUUCAGAUUUGUGCCCAUUCAGACAGAAGAGAUGGAGCUCGCCAUUUUUGAGAAAUGGAAGGAGUACAGGGGUCAAACACCAGCACAGGCUGAGACCAACUACCUGAACAAAGCCAAAUGGCUAGAAAUGUAUGGAGUGGAUAUGCACGUAGUAAAGGCUCGAGAUGGAAAUGAUUAUAGUUUAGGACUCACCCCAACAGGAGUCCUAGUAUUUGAAGGAGAAACAAAAAUUGGAUUAUUUUUUUGGCCUAAGAUUACUAGAUUGGACUUCAAGAAAAACAAAUUAACUUUGGUAGUUGUGGAAGAUGAUGAACAGGGCAAAGAACAGGAGCACACAUUUGUCUUUAGACUAGAACACCCAAAAGCUUGCAAACAUUUAUGGAAAUGUGCUGUGGAGCAUCAUGCCUUCUUCCGUCUCAGAGGACCUGUACAAAAAGGGUCUAAUCGAUCAGGAUUUAUUCGUUUAGGUUCACGAUUCAGAUACAGUGGGAAAACCGAGUAUCAGACCACAAAAACCAAUAAAGCAAGAAGGUCAACGUCCUUUGAAAGACGACCCAGCAAAAGGUAUUCCCGACGAACACUGCAGAUGAAAGCAAAUGCAACAAAACCUGAAGAAUCCAGUCUCCAGAAGAAUGUUUCAAUCCAGAACAAUGGAUCUCAACAAGUUAGGGGUACAAGAUUGCCUGUAAUCUCUUCCAUUCCUUCUGGUCCUAUUCUGGUGGAGAUAGAGAAUCUUCCAAGGAGUCCAGGAAUGAGCCACCAUGACAGAAAAUGGCUAUCUGAUGCCAGUGAUCGCUGUCAACGUGGUGGAACCCAGUGGAGCACAGGGGCCUUGCCACCACCCCAGGCUGCUUGUAGAAACUACACUGACUUUGUCCAUGAACGCAAUGUGAAGAAUUCAGGAGUCCAUCGUGAUGUUGACUAUACUGUCCAUGCAGCCAUGACUGACAUAUAA